UGACGACGCAGACAUGUAACCUUGCUGGUAGGGUAAUUUUAUCAGAAGGUACAUACAACAUGUGUAAAAGGUACAUACAACAUGUGCAAAAGGUAUUAUUAUCUUGAGAUACUUUCUCAAGGGUUAUAAAAUUUUCUUGAUAGUAUUAUAAGGAUAUGUUCACUUUGUUACCGCAUUCUAACAAACUAAACAAAUUAUUGCAUUGCUGUUCUACCAAAAUUUAGCAUUUCAAAAGUUUCUUCUUAUAUAAACACUACCAAAUUUUGAUAGGGCUACAAACUAAAUGCAACUAAUGCUAUGAAAAUUUGACAACAUUAAAAUGUGCCAAAAUUUGGUAACGCUAAAUAUCGGUUAGGUUGAUUUCAGCAAAAACUGAAGAAGCUCUAAGCACUAAAUCAUCAGUAAGAAAGUUUAUUAAUGCUGCUCCCAUCAAGACGGAGCUCAGACGUAUCCGUACUGAGAUACCACAAGUUCACAUAAGGCAGAAGCCACGGACUCUGGAUUCUGGAACGGUCUCGGUCGUUCCGGAUCGGAUGGGUACGUAUGUCGCCCUCAGAAAGAUGAUGACACUGACUGUUGCAUUUGCCAAGAGCCAAUGGGUUGCGUUUGCGUCCCCAAACUUUCACAAAAACGGCAGUCCUCAUCCAUCCCUAGAGUUUAAUUCUUUUUUGGGACUGAGGGUGUAGCCUUCCUGGUGAGAAAUGAAAGUACUACUGGUACAAGCAACUAGAACGGGGAGCAUAUGGAAGCCGUCGUGAAGUUGCCCCGGUUCCUACUAGCUCUCUCUCUCUCUCUCUCUCCUGUUUCCGGUGCAGGAUUGGGUAAAGACAGUACAGGAAGCGGCGGCGAGCGUCGUGCGCACGGGUCGCCUUCAAGGUACAGAUAAACGGAUGGUCGUCCCGGUCGCCGAUCGCCAUUGGUUUUCCCGUCGCGAUCAGGUAGGAAACGCAGGCGCAACCGGCCCGUACCCGUAUCUGGAUGGCUUGGGUCAGUGCUGGUGUUGGACCGCCAGAGGCCAACAUCAACGUGCAGAAUACGGCCGGAGUUUGUGGAGGAUUGCGAGACGCGUGUGCACGCACGAUCGACGCGCGGGUUCGGCAAAGGAAUAAGUUCACUUUAAGUCCCUCUAUUCGUCGCCCAGUCCGAUUUUCAUCCCUAAACUCCAAAACCGGAUACUACCCGUCUCCAAACUUACAAAAACCGGCACAUAGCGGUUUUGGCUGACGUGGUGUCUACGUGGCUAGUUUAACUAGGUCUCCAUGCUACGUGGCACUGAUGUGGCGCUUAAGUGACAACUCGAUUUGAGAAAAAAACAAUACCCGUGGGACCCAUAGGUCAGUUACAUAAAAACAAUAAUUAAUAAAGGUGGGCCAUGUGGGCCCCACAUGUCAAUCUCACUGCCCUCUUCUUCCUCCUCGCUCGAUCCCCAUCUCCCCUCUCUUCGUCUCUCUCCCCCUCUCCUCUCUCUUCUCCUCUAUCAGGCGCGAUGGCCGACAGGCGGUGGUCACCGGGGAGAAGGGGCGGCGUGCGGCGGUGGCCGCCGGAGGAGGAGUAGAUGCGGCCAAGGCGCCGAGACGAGCAGCGGUCGGUGGGGUGGACGGCGUAACAGGCGGCGAAGAGAUGGGCGACUGCCGGCGAGGAGGAUGGCGUGACGGGCGGCGACCGGCGGGGAGAAGGGGUGUCGGGACGGGCGGCGACCAAUGGGGAGGACGACUGACGAGCGGCGGCCGACGGGGAGAAUGGGCGGCGCGCGUGACGACUCGGGCGGCACCAUUCCGGCUUUCGGCGAGGAUGGCGGGAGCGGCAGAGGACGACGAGGACGUAGCAGCCGGAGCCCUUGCGCGCGACGGCAGCGGCGAAGUCGGUCCCUUCCUCAAGGGGGACGCGGGCCAGCACGGCCGUGGGCAGCGGCGGCUGCUGCUGGUGACGGCGUCGUCGUCGUCACUACGUCUUUAUAUUUAUAUUUAUAUACAUGUGGGACCCACCUUGAAUAACAAUUACCUGCUUUCUGCUUUUGGUUGGUCCAACCUUACUUACUUACUACUUGGUAAGGAUACAUUGUUGAUGCCCUAAGAUAUCUCCUCCUGACAUGACAUAUAUAUAGAUAGAUAAACUCAGCCGCCCUAGAGACAAGCUAGAGAACAACCAAGACAGCAAUGUCCAUGGCGUCUCUCCAAGCUCCUGAGUUCCUUGCGUCAUGCCUCCUCCUCCUCGCCACCAUUCUCCUCUUCAAGCAGCUUCUCGCGCCGUCGUCCAAGAAGCGCGCCGCCUCACCGUCGCUGCCACGCCCGAAGGGCCUCCCUCUCAUCGGCAACCUCCACCAGGUCGGCGCGCUCCCGCACCGCUCCCUCGCCGCGCUCGCCGCCAGGCAUGCGGCGCCGCUCAUGCUGCUCCGCCUCGGCUCCGUGCCGACGCUCGUCGUCUCCACCGCCGACGCGGCGCGGGCGCUGUUCCGGAACAACGACCGCGCGCUGUCGGGGCGCCCGGCGCUGUACGCGGCCACAAGGCUCUCCUACGGCCAGAAGAACAUCUCCUUCGCGCCCGACGGCGCGUACUGGCGCGCCGCGCGCCGCGCGUGCAUGUCGGCGCUCCUCGGGGCGCCGCGGGUGUGCGAGCUCCGCGACGCCAGGGAGCGUGAGGCCGCCGCGCUCAUCGCGGCCGUGGCGGCCGCCGGCGCCUCCCCCGUCAACCUGAGCGACAUGGUCGCUGCCACCAGCAGCAGGAUCGUGCGGCGCGUCGCCUUCGGCGACGGCGACGGCGACGAGAGCAUGGACGUCAAGGCUGUCCUCGACGAGACCCAGUCUCUUCUUGGUGGUCUCUGGGUCGCCGACUACGUGCCGUGGCUCCGGUGGGUGGACACCCUCAGCGGCAUGAGGCGGCGGCUGGAGCGGCGGUUCCGCCAGCUCGACGCAUUCUACGAGCGCGUCAUCGACGACCACAUCAACAAGCGCAAGCAUGCAUCCGACGAGGAAGACGACUUGGUCGACGUGCUCCUCCGCCUCCACGGCGAUCCGGCUCACCGGAGCAUGUUCGGCAGCCGCACCCACAUCAAAGGCAUUCUCACGGAUAUGUUCAUUGCCGGGAGCGACACGUCGGCGGUGACGGUGCAGUGGGCGAUGACGGAGCUCGUCAGGAACCCGGACGUGCUCGCCAAGGCGCAGCACGAGGUGCGCCGCGUCAUCGCCGGCGGCGGCGGCGGCGACAAGGACGGCGCCAUGGUGCGGGAAGCCGACCUCCCGGAGCUCCACUACCUGCGGCUGGUCAUCAAGGAGACACUCCGGCUCCACCCGGCGUCGCCGCUGGUGCAACGGGAGACGACGGAGCCGUUCCGCACGGCGCACGGCGUCGAGAUACCGGCCAGGACGCGCGUCGUCAUCAACGCGAUGGCGAUACACACGGACCCCGGCGUCUGGGGCCCUAACGCGGAGCGGUUCUUGCCCGAGCGCCACCGCGCCCACGACGCCGACGGCGAGCAGCAGCACGAGCACGACGGGUUCGCGCUGGUGCCGUUCGGGAUCGGGCGGAGGAGCUGCCCCGGCGUGCACUUCGCGGCGGCGGCGGCGGAGCUGCUGCUGGCCAACCUCCUCUUCUGCUUCGACUGGCGCGCGCUGCCGGGGCGCGAGGUGGACGUGGAGGAGGAGAACGGGCUGGCGGUGCGCAAGAAGAACCCUCUCGUGCUCAUCGCCACCAAGAGCAAGAGUAACAGAGAUGCUCAUUGACGAUGCAGGCAUGUAACUUACGGAGUAUCAUUACUAUGGAGUAUAUAUCUAGUUAUCAAAAGUGAUACUGUAAAAAUUUAAGCUCGGUGGGUUCCCGAA